CAUUUGAACAUUAGACCUUAGUGAGACCUAUAAGACCUUACGUAGGUGAUAGGUCCAUCAUACUGUUAGUUAUAGUGUUCUGCAAUACACUUCACAAUAUAACAAUUAAAAUGAAUAAAACUAACUCACAGACAGUUUUUUUUAAACUUACUUUAAUAUUUUUAUAUUUGAACUAUACAAAUGGUUGUGACAGUAAUAAAAAGCUGUACACUGAAAUAGGAUGUAAACCUAUUUACAGCAAUGACUCAAAUUCUUGUCCAGUGGCAUAUGAUUGUGAACAAGUGUUUGCUAGACCAACUAACAAGUGUUAUCUUAAUGGAAAUGUUUACGAGCCAGUUGAUAGUCUUUCUAAAACAGACUCAGCAUUGAACCCAUGCUUUGCUGCCUGCUUUUGCGAUCAGAGGACAUAUGAAAAUAAGACUACAACUAAAUUUACAUGUGCCAAGGUUGAAUGUCCAUCAUAUUUCACAAGAUUAAGAGAUCCAUGUUAUUAUCAAUAUGACAAAGAUUCAUGCUGUGAGGUUAAAAAAUACUGUCCCGAAGAAAAGGCAAUUGGUCAUGAAUGUGUACAUGACAAUCAGGUUUACAAAAAUGGUCAACGAUUUUAUGUUGGUGAUUAUUUACAAUGUGUAUGCUCACCGGAAUUUAAUGGUACAGUUAGUGAUAAGUCAUGUAGAGAAGUUGGUUGUAGUUAUGAGAUUUUAUACAUGGAAAACAUUUUAACACGAAGUGCUCCUGUUUAUUUCGAAAAAGUAGACGGAUGCCCUAUUGAAUGGUUCAAUCCUGAAUACAAUGCUGCAACUGCUGAUGAAAUAACUUCUACCAGCAAGUCUAAUGGCCACAAAUGCAAAUAUGGGGAUUUGAGUUUCUCAGUAGGUCAAAAUAUAACUAUUGGCCAACAAUCUGACUCUGAUACAUACAAAACAACAUGUUCUUGUAAUACCCCUCCUUUAGUUACUUGCAUCAAAGUCAGAAAAUAGAGCAUUUAAUAAUAGGUAGAAAUA